AUGGCAAAGAACCCGGACAGCGCUCUUCUUGCGCCUGAGCGGCAAGCAGUGAAUAUGUUAUUGCCACGCGGCAACUACAGCGAUUUCUUUGCUGACGAUAAGGUCUCCAUCGUACUUGAUCGCUUGAAGCUGGGAGACGUGGGCUUAGAAGAGUUAAAAAAGUACGUGAAGAACAAGCCCUAUUCUGCUUUACUUCUCCUCCAAAAAAAGUGGUGCGACCACAUCACCUUCGAGAACUUGGACCAGUUCGCACAGAGAAUAGGAGCAGAUUCGAUUUCUCCCCUCGUCGUGCCUACGCUAGGCUUGCACGAGAAUGCUAACAAGAAUGAUUUAGGACAUUGUCUAGCAGAAGAUACCAGUAAAGAUGCAGGAAAAAAGAUGGCGUCUUGCUUAGUACAACAACAGGAUUGUCCGAGUCCGACGAAGAAAGAAACUACUUACUUCUAAAUGCACAGCAGCACAAUUGUGUGAGUUUGAGACUACUUCUAAAUACAACAUGUACAAUCUCGAUUUGUCCGUGCCUGCGCUUGACAAGAAGGUCAUGCUGA